AUGGCGACAGGGAAAGCUAGCAGCAGCGAUGGGGAAGGGCCAGAAGUCGAGACCUCUGUCACCUAUUACCGGUUGGAGGAGGUGGCAAAGCACAAUUCAUCGAAAGAAAUAUGGCUGGUGAUCCACGGGCGAGUCUACGAUGUCACCCGCUUUCUCGAAGAGCAUCCUGGAGGAGAGGAGGUCCUGUUGGAACAAGCCGUUAUCGAUGCAAGUGAAAGUUUUGAAGAUGUAGGUCACUCCUCUGAUGCCAGAGAAAUGCUAAAGCAGUACUAUAUUGGUGACGUUCAUCCGUGUGACCUUAAAACUGAUAGUGGCAAGGACCCUCUGAAAAAUAAUUCGUGCAAAAGUUGCUGGUCGCUUUGGGUCCUCCCGGUCCUAGGCGCAGUUCUCUUAGGCUUCCUGUACCAUUACUACACAUUCGAAAGCAGAUCCUGA